CUGUAACACAGCACAAAGAAAGCCAACAACAGAUCCAAUUAAAAUACUACUUUAAUAGAGUUAACAAAAAUACUAUAGUAAUUGAAUAAUUACAAUAAUAAGGCAAAAACAAUAAAGAAAAACAAUUAAGGAUUUUACAAUCAAAGAAUAAUUGUUGACAAUAAUUUAAAGUCUUUUAGAAUGUCAGAGUCACUGAACAAGAGUAAUGAAAAAUAUAAUAAUAAAAAGUCAGACAACACUUUGGGAAGCCGGGUAUAACAACAGAGGGAGACCGUUCCUCACUGGUGGUGGGUUGAGGACUGCUUCACUCUGUCCAUGUCAGUUCGUAUAUACGGUCACUAGAAACGCCCCCUUGUCACUGAUGCGUGGGCAUUAACGUGGUCAUUACUUUUGAAGCUCGUAAACUGUCCAUAAAAGAUCCAGUCGUUAAAAUACGUUUACACAGUCUUUGUGUAGUAAUUAGUUUAACUGUCAAUCAGCCACACUCGAAUGACAACAAUUGUCAGAACGUCCUGGUCAGUGAGUAGAUCAUCGAGAAGAGUGUUGGUUCACCAGUAACUGUGUCCUUGAUUGGCGUCCAGGUAGCGGUCUUCACGGUUCUGCUCUGUUGCCCCCGGCACGUGUACAAGUACGUCCUUGUCUAAGCGCUGCAUUCUGUACGGUCGAAUGACCUCUGUCAUUCAUGCGUCCAGGUAAACAGACUACUAUAAGAGUACAGGUAAACAGCGAAAACAUAGGAAUUAAUAUUAAGUCAUUAAAUAGUACAUAAUUGUUAUGACAAUUAAACACAAUUAAAAAUGGGGUCAAUUGUGUUACAAAUGGAACUACAUGCAGGAUUGUGUUUUGUUUUACUAGGAAUAUUACUUUUUUCAAAUAGUUUUUACUCCAGUGCUAUGUUUUGAGCAAAAGAGAAUGGCCUUAUCAAAAUAUGAUUCUACUCGGGGAACAACAAAUCUUGCUCGAAUUGCCCGGGCUAUCUUUGGUCCCUGCACUGAUGUACUGCAUGAUAUUCUCAGAAAAGAGAUAACUCCACAAGAUUUGAAAAAGGAACUUAAAAAAUAUCCAGACAAAUAUCGAAUCAGUCAACAUCAAAAACAGGUUGUCAAUAACGGAGAUUACUCGAAAUUUGACAUUUCAUUGCUUUACAUGUUUUUAAGAAACCUGGGUUCAAUUCCUGAACAUAAAAACAAAUGGGGAACAGAUCCAGAUCCAUAUGAUAAAAGCCUGUCAGCAAACAUAGAACGAAUUCGGAAUUUAAGAAACGAGUGGGGACAUUCUACAGAUUUAUCUCUUUCGGACUCAGAUUUUGAACAACAUUGGAAAAUUAUUUUUCAAAAUGUUAAGGAUCUUGAGGGUUACCUUGGAGCAACAACCGUGUACCAGGACGCCCUGAAAAACUUGAAGAGUUGUUGUAUGGACCCAGAUUCAAUACAGCCCUACAUAAAAAAAUUGUUGUGGGUUGAACAGUUAGUAACUGAUCUUACAGAUUUGAAAGAGGAAGUAAAACAGAUAAAAAAGUCGAUCGAGCCAGCAAGUCUAAAUGGUAUUGCUAUUUAUUAUACCUGUUUGUUUUAAAGCAGAUAUUUAACUUUUGAUAAUAAAUAUUUAUCAAAAGCGUUUUCUGUAAAUAUCAAAAGUCUAUUGCCAUGCAUAAUAACUGAUUUAUUUCGUUCUUUGAUACCCUUUGGUACCAAAAAGAUGCAAUAUAGCAUUAAAAGGACAGGUUGCCAUAGUAACAGAAGCAAACGAUUGAAAAAUUAGACUGUGUUAAACUAUUUUGGAGACAUAUGACAAAUGAUUCCAGCCGUGUCAGUUACUAGUAUACAUAAUAAAAUAUUCAUGUAAAAUAUUAUACAUUUUUAACUGUAAGAACAUUAUUCAUAAGCAAAUCGAAGUGUAACUAUUAUUAGCAAACAACACUUGAAAUAUACAAUUUCGUUCACUUUUUACAAACAUUGAUACAGUAAAACUCGGUUAUAUCAAAGUCCUAGGGACAAAUGGAUUUACUUUUUUAUAUCCUUAUUUCGUUGUAUUUGUAUAACAUAUUCGUAAUAAUAACUUAGCAAAUCACUACAUACAUGUUUUCUCCCACAAGACAACGAUAUUUGCUAUUUGAGGCUA